UUGUGUGGCUGGCGGGAGACUGAUGGGCGUCCGAGCCGGAGCGGUUGCGCUGCCCGUCCGGUGGCUUCCUCGGCGGAGCUUGGUUGUCGGUGGGCACCAUGAGCGGACGACAGAGAACGCUCUUCCAGACGUGGGGCCCGAGCCUCGUGCGAGGCGCCGGCGGUCCGGGCUGCGGCCAGGCGUGCUCACCCGCAGCGGCGGAGGCGCUGCUGCCCGAGGAGGAGGAGGACGACGACGAAGUGCUGCUGGUGGCGGCGUACGAGGCGGAGCGGCAGCUGGAUCCCGGGGAUGGCGGCUUCUGCGCGGCUGCGGGCGAUCUGUGGAUCUACCCCACCAAUUGCCCGGUGCGCGACUACCAGCUGCACAUCUCCCGGACGGCGCUAUUCUGCAACACCCUGGUGUGCCUGCCCACCGGGCUGGGGAAAACCUUUAUUGCCGCCGUGGUCAUGUAUAAUUUUUACCGCUGGUUCCCUUCCGGCAAGGUGGUCUUCAUGGCACCCACGAAACCCCUGGUGACACAGCAGAUGGAAGCCUGCUUUCACGUGAUGGGCAUUCCGCAGUCUCACAUGGCUGAAAUGACAGGUUCAACUCAAGCUCUCAACAGGAAAGAGAUAUGGUGCAGCAAGAGAGUCCUUUUUCUUACACCUCAGGUCAUGGUAAAUGACCUGACUAGAGGGGCUUGUCCUGCUGCCCAUGUAAAGUGUCUUGUGAUAGAUGAAGCUCAUAAGGCUCUUGGGAACUACGCUUACUGCCAGGUUGUAAGGGAACUGGUCAAAUACACAAGUCACUUUCGAAUCUUGGCUCUUAGCGCCACACCAGGUAGUGAUAUCAAGGCUGUGCAACAGGUGAUCACUAACCUGCUAAUUGGGAAGAUAGAGCUUCGUUCUGAGGAGUCUCCAGAUAUUUUGCCUUAUUCUCAUGAGAGACGAGUUGAGAAGCUUGUUGUUCCCCUUGGGGAAGAACUUGGAGCCAUCCAAAAGACAUACAUCCAGAUUUUGGAAACAUUUGCCAGUUCUUUGAUUCAAAGAAACGUUUUGAUGAAAAGAGACAUUCCCAAUCUAACAAAAUACCAGCUAAUUCUGGCAAGAGAUCAAUUUAGGAAAAACCCAUCCCCAAAUAUUGUGGGAAUUCAGCAAGGCAUAAUCGAGGGAGAGUUUGCCAUCUGCAUUAGUUUAUACCAUGGCUACGAGUUACUGCAGCAAAUGGGAAUGCGAUCAUUAUAUUUCUUCCUUUCUGGAAUCAUGGAUGGAACUAAAGGAAUGACACGGACAAAAACCGAGCUCAGCCGAAAUGAGGACUUCAUGAAACUCUACGUUCACCUGGAGAGUGUGUUUGCUCACGUGCAAGAUCUUUCAAUAACCAGUGAUGCUUCAGCUUUCCAAAAAGGAAAUAACGAGAAAAAAUUUUUCUAUAGUCAUCCAAAGUUAAAGAAAUUGGAAGAGGUUAUACUCGAACACUUCAGGUCAUGGAAUGCUAAAAACACCACUGAAAAGAAAUGCCACGAGACCAGGGUUAUGAUCUUCUCUUCAUUUCGAGAUAGUGUUGAGGAAAUUGCAGAAAUGCUCUCACAGCAUCGCCCAGUUGUUAAAGUGAUGACGUUUGUUGGCCAUGCUUCAGGGAAAAACACGAAAGGUUUUACCCAGAAGGAACAACUAGAGGUGGUAAGACGGUUCCGUGACGGCGGCUAUAACACCUUGGUUUCCACCUGUGUUGGAGAAGAAGGUUUGGAUAUAGGGGAAGUCGAUCUUAUUAUAUGCUUUGAUGCCCAGAAGAGCCCAAUCCGCCUCAUACAGCGCAUGGGUAGAACGGGCCGCAGACGACAAGGCAGGAUUGUCGUUAUUCUCGCUGAAGGACGGGAAGAGCGUACAUACAAUCAGAGUCAGUCCAACAAAAGAAAUAUUUAUAAAACUAUUUCAGGUAACAGACAAGUGCUUCGUUUUUACCAAGGAAGCCCACGAAUGAUCCCUGAUAAAAUCAAUCCUGAAUUACACAAAAUGUUCAUCACACACGGUGUCUAUGAGCUGGAGAAGUCUCGGCAUGUACAGCGGAAGUCAUCUUCCUCGAGGGGCGGAAUGAAAGCUGGUAAUUCAAAUAAAGACGGACUCUUAUCAGAAGAGGAAUUUAACCUGUGGAGCAGACUCUAUAGGUUAGGAGAUGGUGACGAAGUUAAAGGAGUGGCAUUGCCUCAGUCUCACUUCCUGUCAUUGCCGGAGGACAGAGCGACUCAAGAAUCAGCUACUGGAAUUCGUCAGCUCUCUCUCUCUGAAUGGAGUCUGUGGCAAGAUCACCCACUUCCUACACAUCAAGUGGACCACUCAGACCGGUGCCGCCAUUUUAUAAGCAUUAUGCAAAUGAUAGAAGAAAUGAAACAUGAAAAGGGUGAAUGCAGCUAUGAAUUGAAAAUUAAACCUUUUCUACAAAUGGAGGACAUCAUCUCAACAUACAGGCCUCCAAGGAAUGACUAUCCUAAUCUUGCCAACGGCACCAGCAUUACUCACAAGGAAUCUUCAUUUAGACAGAGUGUCAAUGACAAAGCAAGGUCCUUCUCGGUAUCAGAGUCUGAUGAGGACUGUGCGGAGACUGUUAAACAAACUGAUGCAGAACGUGCUGGGAUUACUUCGCUUAAGGAAAAAGCUUCUGGAACAAUGGAAAAAGACCAGACUAAUGAGCAAAGCGAUGCUGCUGCUGCUGCGGAUUCUUUAGACACUGACAGGCAUUCCCCAGAAGCUGUUUCCCUGGCAGACCCGCCCUAUGGUGAGGGGAUGGCAUGUGUGGCUGGAGUCACUGUCACGAGUCCAGUUAGUGAGGAAGAUAGCCAUCCAACAGCAUUACUAACAGAGUGUCAGCUUGCAAAUAAAUCACUUGCCAGGUACUCGUUAGAUUCUGGGUAUAGUAGCUUCAGCGAUGAGAAAUCUAUUUCAUCAAAUUUGCUUCUUCCAUUGGAAGAAGAGCUGUACACAGAUAGAGCAGCUGAGCAAUUUUAUAACUGUCAUCCUGUGACAGAAAAGGUGCUGGCUAAUGUAGAGAGAUUUUUAUCCCAUUCUCCCCCAUCUCUCAGUGGACUCUCAGACUUGGAGUAUGAAGUUACUCAGGGUCUUGAACUUGACUGUGCAUCCUGCUCACCCUACUCAGAGCAUGAACAGAGUCAUAAACCUGCUUCUUUGAUGUCACAGUUGGCUCUGAAUACUCAACAAAAGUUAGAAUUGAAUUCAGCUAAACCUAUUACCUAUCCUUCUGAAACAUAUUGUCUCUCUGGCACAACUGAUGAUAUGAUUUCUGAUCAACCCUCCUUCUGUGACUCUCAUAAUAAAGCCCAUAAUAAUAUUAAAAAUAAAAACUCAGAAUCUAACAGCUAUUGUCAAAUACAAGUAAACCAUGCAAGUAGCCUGGCUGACAGAAAUAGUAGUGAUAGUGAUGCCCCAGGAUUGUUCUCCGAUGAGGAUGAAAGUUUGCUGUUAUUCGAAGAUAGUACUGAGGAGUUAAAUAGUGUGGGCCUUCCUCCCUUCACCAGGAAUAGUCAGCACCUCUGUGUGUCAGAGAAAACCCUCACAGCCGAAAUGCCUCUGGUCUCUCACUUCUUGAUUUCUGAUGAACUGUUGUCAGAUGAUGAUUCUGGACCUGAAGAUCAAGUCAUCUGUGAUACCAAGGGCUGGCGAUCUCCUGAAGACUUGCGAGACAAACAUGAAGAGCUGAAGAGCGAGGGUCACGCUUUUGAUUGCUCUGGGGACUUAUUUUCUGUUACCUUUGACUUAGGAUUUUGUAGUUCAGGUUCUGAUGAUGACAUCACCGCACAUGCAUUAGAAAGGAGUAGCACCCUGGGAGCAGCUGCUCUGCCAGGAAUGCACUCAGAAUCCAAGAUAAAGGCUGCCAGUGAUGCUUCGGGUCCCCCAGGAGGAGUCAUAUCACCAAUCCUAACUGAGGAAGUGCGGUGUCGACAUUCAGCAGAGCAUAAGGAACCUAGGUCUUUCCACUUUGCACCGUGCAUGCCAGUGAAGGAGAGGGUUAUGAGUACGCCACUUUCUAAACCAAGCAUGUUGAACCCCCGUUCUAAGACCAGAGAAGACAUGCUUAAGACACCAGAUUCUGCCAAGGAAAAAUCACAUGUACAGAGUAUCAAAGUGACAUUGAAUCGAAGAUUUGACGAUUUAGGAUUUUCUGUAGAAGAGACCAAAAGCAGUGGUGUACACCAGUCCCCUCAACACACUGAAGUUGAACAUGUAACUAGUGAAAGUGAAGAUGAUGUUUUCCUGAGAAGAACUAAAAAACCAAAAGGAAAUGUCCUGCAGUCCCCUGAGGAUCGGAAAAACAGUGAAGCUGAUUCACCCAUUCAUGCUGUAAAAAAGUCCAGAGUUCUUAGGGCAGAAUUAUCAUCUAGUGAUGAGAGUGAGAAUUUUCACAGACCGUGUCCACCAUCAGAAGACUUCAAGGAUCGUAAAAGGAACACCAGAAAAGGCUCCAAAGUCCAAAAGAAAUGGAAUCAUGUAAAGACUAUAGCCCGGAAGUUUUUAGAUGAUGAAGCAGAGGUUUCUGAAGAGGACGCAGGGUGUGUCUCAUCAGAUGAGGAUGAGGAGUCUGAAAACGAGAAGGAUUCCUCGCUACUCGACUUUGUAAAUGACCAGACCCAGCUUUCACAGGCUGUAAACGAUUCUGAAAUGAGAGCUAUUUACAUGAAAUCUGUGCGUAGUCCAUUGAUGAGCACUAAGUACAAAAUGGUCCGUGAGAAACAUAACAACAUGAACAUAUUCUCACAGAUUCCUGAGCAAGAUGAAAACUAUUUAGAGGAUAGUUUUUGUGUUGAUGAAGAGGAGUCUUGCAAAAGCCAAACAAGUGAAGAAGAAAUUUCUGUUGAUUUUAACUUAACUAAAGACUCCUUUACAGAUGAGGACAUAAGAUACAAAACCCGAUAUGCCGUAAAGCUCAAACAAAGGAGCAUGAGACAAAACUAUACAAUGCCGAAAAGGAAACUAUCUAGGAUUAUCUUACCAGACGAUGAUUCAAGUGAGGGGGAAAACACUGUGAGUGACAGAGAGGACUCGGGUGCCAAUGGCGCUGCUGCUGGCAAGCACAUUCAGCAGGGCCGGCCUCGGGGUGUAGGGCCCAAGGUCCUUUCCAGUCCAACAGUGCGUCAGUCAUGUGAGCAGGAACAACCAGUGGUACCGAACGUGAUGGAUGCCAUUCCUGAAGCCUUGGACCUCAAGGCUCAGAGUCAUAAUAGAGUCAAAUCUACUUCACCACCACGUACGAUUGCUGAGCCAAGGAAAGGAUGUGGGGGACGUCCAGUUCAGCUGAAGGUCGGUGAUCAGGAGGGCAGUGACGCCCUGGCAGCACCCUAUUCUAAGUCACUUCUGCAUGUGGCUGAGGAACACACAGCCCCUAGACUUCCACAGGAAGGUAGCAGAGCUUGCAUUCUUGUAGACAGUCGUGAAAUCACUUCUGGUUUAGAAGUAAUUUCUUCACUAAGAACAGUUCAUGGGUUACAAGUAGAGGUUUGUCCUCUUAAUGGCUGUGAUUACAUCGUAAGUAACCGAAUGGCUGUGGAAAGGAAGUCUCAGUCUGAAAUGGUAAAUAAUGGCAGUAAGAACAAGUUCAUCGAGCAGAUCCAGCGCCUGCAGAGCAUGUUUCAAAGAGUAUGUGUGAUUGUGGAAAAAGACAGAGAAAAAGCAGGAGAUAUAUCAAGACUGUUUAGAAGAACGAAGUGCUAUGACAGUCUGCUGACAGCCUUAGUUGGUGCUGGAAUCCGAAUCCUUUUCAGCUCUGGACAAGAAGAAACUGCUGAUUUACUAAAGGAGCUGUCAUUGGUGGAACAGAGAAAGAAUGUUAGUAUUCAUCUUCCAGCAGUGCUGAAUACGAGUAAAUGUGAGGCGCUUCAGUUCUAUUUAAGUAUUCCCAGUGUAAGUUAUAUAACCGCCUUAAAUAUGUGUCACCAGUUUUCAUCUGUGAAAAAGAUGGCUAACAGCUCACCUGAAGAAAUCUCCACAUGUGCCCAAGUAACUCAGCAAAAGGCUGAGGAGAUUUAUAGAUAUAUUCACUAUAUAUUUGACAUACAAAUGUUACCAAGUGAUCUUAACCAGGACAGACUGAAAGCCGAUACAUGCUCAGCACUCAGAGUAUCUAUGAAAGAACUCUCACAAUACUAAAUGUACUUCAAUAAUCAUUGUAGUUUGUAAUUACCAAUUUAAAAUAUGUAAAUAUUUCAUCUCUAAAGAUAUCCUUAUAUUGUAUACCUUUUUGUUUAUAGACUAUAUAAUUUAUUUUUAAAGGGAAAAUUUUGAUGUUCAAUAACCAUUUGAUUAGACUACAAAACAAAAUUUUAUUUAAUAAAUCAAGGCUGUGUGAAGUAUUGUUUAGAGUGGUUUAAGAAAGUA